AUGGUCGGAGCAACAGCGCUAUGGCACAAGACACUAGACUACGUGAAUACCAAGGAAUUCCAGAAUUAUCUGACCAGCACCCACUUCUGGGGUCCUGUGGCCAACUGGGGACUUCCACUGGCCACCUUUCAGGACAUGAAGGCGUCACCAGACAUCAUCAGUGGCCGCAUGACUACAGCGCUCAUCUUCUACUCCAUGGCUUUCAUGCGCUUUGCCUACCGGGUCCAGCCCCGAAACUAUCUGCUGAUGGCAUGCCACUUCACCAACGUGGUGGCACAAAGCAUGCAGGCAGGCCGCUACCUGAACUACCACUAUGGCAGAGGCAAUGCGGAGGCCCACAGUCCUCUGCUCUCCAAUCACAAAUAA